ACAAGAUGACAACGUGUUGCUUUCAUGGAGUGUCCCGCCAUUUUUGUUUGGUACCAUUUGUUCAAAUGAUGUAUGUGAAUGAGAAUCCAAAGUUUUUCAUCUUGUUCUUGAGCUCUUUCUAAACUCCAAUGUCUUCCCUUCAUUUCCCUCCAUGGCUUCCCCUCAUCUUCUUCUUCUCUUUACUUUUCAUCAUCCUCAAAGAGAAAGUAGCUGCAAAUAGAAAGAAGGGUAAUAUUCCCCCAAGUCCACCAAAGCUUCCAUUCAUAGGAAACUUGCACCAACUUGGCAAGCUCCCACAUAGAUCCCUAUGGCACCUCUCUCAGCGUUACGGUCCAAUUAUUAGCCUCAGCCUCGGCAGUGUAGAAACCACCAUCGUAUCCUCUGUCGAGACAGCUCGUGCCCUCAUGAAAACUCACGAUCUUCAGAGCUGUAGUAGACCACAAACUCAAGCAGUCAAAAAAUUCACUUACAAUUCUCUUGACAUUGUGUUUUCGCCGUAUGGUGAUUACUGGCGAGAGAUACGAAAAAUUUGUAUACUUGAGCUUUUCAGUAUGAAGAGGGUGUUAUCUUACGAACCCAUUAGAGAGCAAGAAGUUGGUUUGCUAAUUGAAUCGAUUUCGCAAUCUGCUUCUUGUGGAGCUGUUGUUGAUCUUACUGAGAAGUCCAUUGCUCUCACGGCCGGUGUUAUUUUUAGAAUUGCUUUUGGGAUGCGGUUUAGGGGGGAUGAAUUUCAUGAGCUUGUGAGCGAAGCUGAGGCCUUAAUAGGAAGCUAUAGUGCUUCUGAGCUUUUUCCCAUUCCUUUUGUAGGGAAGAUCAUUGAUUGGUUAAGUGGACGAUAUGCUAGACUUGAAAGGGUUUUUAACGAGAUCAAUGCCUUGUUUCAAGAUAUGAUUGAUGAACAUCUUCGUCCUGAAAGGUCUAAACUAGAGCAAGAUGAUAUCAUUGAUGUGCUUUUAGCUAUUAAUAAAAAGCAACUUGAAUCUUGCACCGUUGUCAUCACCCAAGAAAGCAUCAAAGCCAUUCUUUUGAACAUAUUUUUAGCAGGAUUAGACACGGGUUCAAUUACACUAGUUUGGGCAAUGACAGAACUCGUAAAGAACCCAAAAUUGAUGAAGAAAGCUCAAGAAGAAAUCAGAAACUAUGUCGGAAACAAAGGAAAGGUAAUAGAGAAAGACAUAGAAGAGCUUCCAUAUCUAAAAAUGAUAAUGAAAGAGACGCUAAGACUACACCCACCAGCACCUCUGCUUAUUCCAAGAGAAAUCAUUUCCCAUUUCAAAAUAGAAGGCUACGAUUUUUACCCGAAAACAAUGGUUCAAGUGAAUGUUUGGGCAAUCGGACGAGACCCCACAUACUGGAAAGACCCAGAAGAGUUCCUUCCGGAGAGAUUUGAAGAAAGCUCAAUUGAUUACAAAGGACAACACUUUGAGUUCUUGCCGUUCGGGGCUGGUCGGAGAAUUUGCCCAGGGAUGAAUUUAGGGGUGAAGAAUGUAGAGCUGGCUUUGGCGAAUCUUUUGUACCAUUUUAAUUGGAAGUUACCGGAGGGGAUGAAGGAGGAGGACUUGGACAUGGAAGAGACUUCGGGUUUGAGUCUCACCAUCUACAAAAAGUUGCCCCUCAAACUUGUACCAAUUGCAUACCGUCCAUGAGUGUAAGUUCCAAGCUGAAUCCUCUAAUUAUGAAGUUUUAUGAUUUUUGUCACAAAUAGUGAGUAUUUUUUAUAUGUAAUACAAUUCUUAAAACUUGACCUAUAUAAUUAUAGUAUUACAUCGAAUAAUUUUACACUGCACCA